AUGCCAAUUGGGGUGCCAAAUCCGCUAACAAGCAAGAAAAAGUCAAAGUCGAAAUCGCCGUCGCCCUCCCACGGCGCCAAUGGCUCCGCCGGCGACCCGGCCUCUGUUGAGGAGAAGAACAGACAGGCUAGGGCCAACCAGACCGAGGUUAAGGCUCCUUUCGAUGGUGCUGCUCCCGACGAGGAAAAAGAGCAUUCUGUCGAGAAGCACACAAAGGGCGGGAAACCUGCUUUCCCCUGGCGAAAGAUCGGUGGCUGGGGGUCCCAGGACUCCUCUGAAGACAAGUUGCACGCUCUCCAAACAAUCAAGGCCGUGGAGCUGUAUGUCAUGGACCACUUGUACUCUGACUGGUACUUCAACACGGUGAUGAUCCUUGGUAUCUCCUUUUUCUCGUGGUUUUUCGCCCGCUGGGGCUUCAGUAUCUUGAUGUUGGGUGUUGUUCUUUUGGGCGCUGCCUCGGUUUACAGGGCCGAGUUCCGUAGAUUCAACAGAAACAUCAGAGACGACAUGGCCAGAAUUGACGCCCGCAACCGUUUGGAAAACGAGGAGGAGACCAUGGAGUGGAUGAACUCGUUCUUGGCCAAGUUCUGGGUCAUCUACAUGCCCGCUUUGUCCGAGAUGGUCUUGUACCAGGCCAAUGAGAUUUUGAAAGACCAGGCUCCCGGUUUCGGUAUUGAAGCUGUUUCUUUGGACGAGUUUACCUUGGGUUCCAAGGCUCCUCGUGUGGAUGCCAUCAAGUCCUACACCAGAAAGGGCAAGGAUCACAUUGAAAUGGACUGGGCCUUUUCUUUCGCUCCCAACGACACUGAUGACAUGACCAAGAACGAAAUCAAGAAGAAGAUCAACCCCAAGGUCGCCUUGGGUGUGACAAUUGGUAAGGCUUUCAUCACCAAGUCGCUUCCUAUUUUGGUCGAGGACAUGUCCUUCACAGGCAGAAUGAAGAUCAGGUUGAAAUUGAGUGACAACUUCCCUCACGUCAAGAUUGUGUCUGUUCAAUUCCUCGAGCCUCCAACUAUCGACUACGCCUUGAAGCCAGUGGGUGGUGACACCUUGGGUCUUGACAUCAUGUCCUUUAUCCCCGGUUUGUCUACUUUCGUUAACAGUAUCAUCCACUCGACCAUGCGUCCUAUGUUGUAUGCUCCCAACUCGCUCGAUAUUGAUGUUGAGGAGAUCAUGUCUCAGCAGUCCAACGACUCGAUCGGCUUGCUCACUGUGAACGUGAAGCGUGUCUACGACAUCAAGAGCAACGAGCUCAAGGACAAGGAGUGUCACCCAUACGUCCACAUGACCUUGUCUGGUGGCCCUGAAAUUGACGAGCGCACCAAGAUCAAGAGAAACACCAGAGACGCUGUCUACUUGGAGUCUUUCCAUUUGCUUGUGAACAGCUUGGAAGGCAACUUGUUAACUUUCAGUGUCUCGUCUUACGCCCCUGGCAAGCCAGAGGAUAUUUCCAUCGGAAGAGUUGACUUCAACUUGGCCGAUUUAUUGCAGGAGCCAGAGCUCAAGAACCAGACCAGGAACAUCACUGACGGUGGGAGAAUUGUUGGUAAGCUCAACUUUGAUCUUAAGUGGAAUCACGUCUUGGAGAACUUCACUUUGGAAGAUGGUUCCAAGGAGGAGAACAUUGACCAAGAGCUUGGUAUUAUGAAGUUCUCUCUUUACGGUGCUUACAAUUUGGAUAUCUCCAAGUCUAUCGUCGGUUUGUUGAACCCUUACGCUGAAGUGUACGUCAAUGACAAGCAUGUUAAGACCACAAGAAAGUUGAGACAGAUCAACGAACCCUCUUGGGGUCUUUCAUUUGAGUCGCUCGUCACUCAGCAAUCUCAAACUCGUAUUCAGAUUUUGGUGAAGGACUCUGUCGAGGACCAAGUUGUUGGUCGACUUGAUACAAACUUGCAGGACUUGAUUUUCGAGUCUUCCAGAGGUCAACUGUGGAUCACAGCUCCUCCAAUCAGGACUGGCGGUCCAGCAACCAAAUUCAAGAUCGGCGUCAAGUGGUCUGCUUUGCCAAUGGGUGACGAGAGUCUUCAAUUCUUCGAAGAGCCUGCCAUUGGUGGUUUCAGAUUGCAAAUCAGAAACGCUAAGGGUUUGGUCAACCUUGAGGAGGUUGGCGAAGUCGACCCUUACAUCAGAGUUUCCCAAAACGGUAAGCCAAAGGGAAGAACUGCUACGAUCUCCAACUGUAAGGACCCUUACUGGGAUACCGUCUUUUUCCUUCCUGUCGCCAAUCCUCACCAGCACGUUUUGCUCGAAAUCUUCGAUGCUGAGGCUGAAGGUAAGGACAGACCUUUGGGCUCUUGUGCUGUUACAGUUAGUGAUUUCUUGAAAAAGAACACUCAAGGUUAUUUCCUCGCUUACGAUGGUUCGGAUGAGAUCAUUGAACAGCCUGUGUUGUACGGUGAUGAUUCUUACGGCUCUUUGUUCUACUCUGUUUCCUUUGUUCCAACUUUGCCAGUCUACACCAUCUCGCAAUUGGAACACAUGGAGGAGUUCUUGGAGAUGAGGAGAAAGAAGGAACAAGAUGAGAGGGAAAAGGCCGAGAGGGACCAAAAGCUCUUCGAUGAAAACCCUGAUCAGUAUGACUGGGUUGAAUUGCAAGAGGACAACCUCCCUGAGCCUGAAAAGGUGACAUUGCCAUUGGAGAAGGCCGUCAAGUACAGAACCGGUGUUUUGAUGCUUCAUAUUUUGGAAGGCAACUUCAAGCAAUCGGACUGCUUGGUUCAUGUCUUGUUUGAUGAUCACGCAUUUUCAUCGGGUAUCAGUCAUAGAGCCGAUGGUAAGCACUUGACUACUCCAAUGAAUGUUGAUGCGUUCAUCAGAGACUUGCCAAACUCGCUCACUAUCUUCAGAAUCUCGAAGAAGUAUGUCGUUGAACACAAGAAGGAGAUUGUUGCUGAAAAGAUGUUAGACACGGUCGAACUCUUCAAGAACGCCAACAAGCAACCUAUUACCAUCAAGAUUGACGAAAAGAACACCUUGAAGGUGCGUGCAGAGUUCAUUCCAUCCGCUGUCAAGUUGGCUCCAUUGGACACUGUCUUGGAUGUUGGUCACAUUAAGCUCGAAGUGUUGAGUGCCGAGGGAUUGAUGUCUGUUGACAGUAACGGUAAGUCUGACCCAAUGUGUGUUCUUAAAUUGGAGGGUGUUGAGAUUUUCAGGACAGACAAGAAGAGAAGAACUUUGGACCCUAUUUGGAACGAAGCUUUCGAAUUCCCUAUCUUGUCUAGAUCUAGACAGCCUCUCGUUUUGGAGGUCUACGAUUGGGACUUGACCAACGACGAUGAGUUGUUGGGUACAGCAGUUAUUGACACUGCCUCCAUUGAUCCUAAUGUCUCUACUCAGUUUAAGGUUCAACUUGAUACUCAGGGUAUCGUGAUUUUGAGAGUGACCUUCAAACCAGAAUACGUGAGACCGCCUCUCAACAGCAAGUCUGGCUUGCCAAUCGACUUGAGUGAUGUCAAGGGUGUGCCAUUGAAGCUUGUUGGUGGUGUCGCUGGUAUUGCAACCAACACUGUGGGCAGUGGUGUGGGUCUUGUUUCUGACAACCUCAGCAAGGGUGGCAGCUUCCUCAAGCACUUGGGUAAGAGCAAAAAGAAGAGCGGUGAGAUUGACGAACAAUCUCGUAAUGGCGAUGCUGGAAGCUUGCGUCCAUCUCAAAGUGGACGGGGUGCCCGUAGUGAACGCACAGCACGCAGUGAACUUGGAGCUCAAAGCGAACAAGAAGAAGAGGGAGGUGACAAUGAGAACAGCUUGCUCGGAGGUGAAGUGUCUAAUGCUUCCAACGAAGCUGACAGACAGGAAGAAGAGAAGAACAAGGAGGAGAAGAACAAGCAGGGUGCACCUUCGCCAGAGGAACAAAUGGAGCAGAACAGACCACCAUCUAUCGAGGGCGCUCUCCCAACGUCGACCCGUCCUGGACAGUUUGAGAACCAGCACACGAGAAAUGUCAGUGAGGCUACUGAUAUUAGUACGAUGAACUCCUCGACCAUGGGUCCAAAUGGCAUCCCUGGUAGAGCUAACAUUGUUUCUGCUGUUGGCUUCAACGUGUCUGCUUUGGACAUCAAGGUUAACUUGACGACUCCGGCUAGAACCAAGGAUAUUUACAAGACAAGAGCUGCUAAGGAACAUCUGGGACAAUACAAGUGGAACGAGACCUUCACUUUCAGAUCCCCACCCGAAGGCACCAUGUCUUUUAUUAUCAGAGAGCACAAGACAUUUGGCAGAAGCCAAAUUCUUGGAAGCGGCGAGAUUGCUCUUUCAGACUACAUGGAUCUGAACGAUACUCUCAGGCUUCCUGUUGGCGAAGGUCAAUUGAAUGUGACCUUGUCACAGACUCAGAAGAUCGCCAGAAAGACCCAGCGUCCUCACAAGUUGCGUGCCUCUAUCACCCCUGGUACCGUCUUGAUUCUCCUUGCCGGUAGAUUCAGAGGUAAGAGAGUCGUGUACUUGAAGCACUUGGAGGACAACACCUUGUUGGUGACUGGUCCAUUCAAGGUUAACGGUGUGCCAUUGAGAAGAGUUAACGCUCGUUACGUCAUUGCCACCUCCACCAAGGUUGAUGUGUCCUCCGUUGACGUGUCUAAGUACAACGUGGCUUACUUUGCCAGAGAGAAGACGCCAAAGGGCGAGAAGUCCGAGGCUGACUUCUUCAACGAAGAACAACCAAAGAAAGAGAUCAAGGCCGAGAAGGUUGCCGACCAGAAGACUGUCGACUCCGCCUUGUUGUCUGAGAUUAAGAAAACCCCAUUGUUGAAACAGUACUUGGCCUCCUCCUUCUCCUUGAAGAGCGGUGACAAGCCCCACUUGUUGAAGUUCUAA